UCCGGACCGGAUUCCGGAUCCAGUUCCAACUCGUACGACGGUUGCACGAUUUUACUUGCUUCUCCAAAGAAGAGCAGCAAAUCUCUUCCUUUUUCCCUCCAACCUCUGCAGCAGAAGAGGAUCAAAGAAGGAAGUUGAAAGUCUUGUUUCAUUUCUUUAUGAAAGCUCCAUUUCCGUUGAAAUCUGUCGCCCCGAAGCUCCACAUAGUACACCGCUCCUCAUAUAUUUCUCCGACCCACUUCAGUGAACUCCUUAACGGAGCUAAAAAUCUGAAGCAUGCAGCCCAAAUUCAUGCUCAGCUCAUUACACGAAGUUGCCUUUCUUCCCCCUUCCUGUUCAACUGCCUUCUCAACCUGUAUUCCAAGUGCGGCCACGCAUCUCAAUCGCUGGCGCUGUUUUCAGCUUCCAAUUCAACAACUCAUUUGGAUGAGACCAAGAAUGUGUUCACUUACACUUCUCUUAUCACCCAGCUUUCACAUUGUAAUUUACCUUUCAAAGCUCUUACGUUUUUUAAUGAGUUGAGGGGAAGGAAUAUCUCUCCCAAUCAUUUUACAUUUUCGGCUGUUUUGCCGGCUUGUGGUGAUUCGAGGGUGGGGAAACAGAUGCAUUGUUUGAUAUGUAAACAUGGAUUUGAAUCCGAUGUGUUUGUGGGCAGUGCAUUGGUGGAUAUGUAUGCGAAGUCUGGAGAAUUGGAUUGUGCGAGGAGAGUGUUUGAUGAAAUGCCUGAGAGGAACCUUGUAUCGUGGAAUUCUGUGAUCGUGGGGUUUCUGAGAAAUGGGUGUUACGAUCAGGCCAUUGGUUUCUUCACUCGCCUGAUUGGGGAGGAUGCAAUAAGACCUGAUGAAGUGAGUUUUUCGAGUGUUUUGAGUGCUUGUGCUCAUGUGUGUGGGGUGGCCAUCGGGAGGCAAGUUCAUGUAGUAGUCUUGAAGCUUGGGUUGGAAUAUUUGGCGUAUGUAAAGAAUUCUUUAAUGGAUAUGUAUUGUAAGUGUGGCGUCUUUGAUGAUGCUGAAAAAUUGUUUAGGAAUACAGAAGAUAGAGAUGUGGUUACAUGGAACGUUAUGGUCAUGGGUUUUGUUCAAAAUGGUAAUUCUGAGGAUGCGUGCAAUUACUUUUGGGUUAUGAGACGUGAAGGUAUAUUGCCUGAUGAGGCAUCAUUUUCAACCGUGCUUCAUGCUGCUGCAUGUAUUGCUGCAUUUGAUCAGGGUGCUUUGAUCCAUAAUCAAAUAAUAAAAACCGGGUUAGGGGGGAAUACAUGUGUCGCUAGCUCAUUGAUUACAAUGUAUGCAAAAUGUGGGAGUUUGGUUGAUGCUAGGCGGGCCUUUUCUGAGAGCGAAGAACACAAUGUGAUAUCAUGGACGGCCAUGCUUUCUGCAUUCCAACAACAUGGUUGUGCAAACCAGGUUAUAGAAUUAUUUGAUCAUAUGAUGCAAGCGGGUAUCGAGCCUGAUUAUAUAACUCUUGUUUCUGUUUUAUCAGCUUGUGCGCAUACUGGGCGUGUUGAUGAUGGGUUUUCUUACUUUAAUUUGAUGAGUCAAAGAUAUAACAUGAAUCCAGGGCUUGAACACUAUGCUUGCAUGGUUGACUUGCUUGGUCGUGCUGGUCGUUUGUAUGAUGCUAAGAAAUUUGUGGAAAGUAUGCCGAUUGAACCUGAUGUAUCUGUUUGGGGAGCAUUACUUGGAGCUUGCAGAAAGUACGGUGAUCUUAAUAUGGGUAGGGAAGUUGCAGAGAGGCUUUUUGAAAUAGAACCAGAUAAUCCAGGAAACUACGUGUUGCUGUACAACAUGUAUGCUCGUAGAGGAAGAUUAGAAGAAGCAAAUGAGGUGAGGAGAUUGAUGGGGUUCAACAGAGUUAGAAAAGAACCGGGCUGUAGCUGGCUUGAUGUGAAAAACAUGACUCAUGUUUUUAAAGCUCAUGAUAAAUCCCAUUCAAGGACAAAUGAGAUAUAUGAGAUGCUGGCAGAGUUGGAAGAACUGGUGAAGCAGAAAGGAUAUGUUCCUGAAAUCCAACAUUCAAUCAAUGAUAUGGAUGAGUACGAGGAGCGGAAACUAUGGUAUCACAGUGAGAAAUUAGCCCUUGCAUAUGGACUACUGACCCUUCCAGUUGGGGCGCCCAUCCGAAUAAAGAAGAAUCUUCGAACUUGUGGUGAUUGUCACAAUGUUAUGAAGUUUGCAUCAGCAAUUUUUAAGAGAGAGAUUAUCCUUAGAGACAUUAAUCGUUUCCACCGGUUCGCGGAUGGUCUGUGUUCAUGUGGCGACUAUUGGUGAAAGACAUGGUUCAUGAUUACCCUUUGCAAAUCAAAUCCCAAUGUUAUUGUUUCAUCAUUUCAUGGUAAUUAUCAACUCAACCUUCUAUGAUAAUCUUUUAGCUUCGAUCAAGAAUCUUGCUAGAUGACUGUGAUUGGUUAUACCCAAUUUCCUCUUUCCAUACUUCUAAUUGUUCUUGUCAUACAAAAAAAAUCGACCAAAUGCUUGCUCUUCACCUUUCUUUCCCCCAAUUUCUGUCUCUUUCUUUUCUUUCCUCAAUAUGCGCUCAUAAAGUAUCUACAGAAAGUAGGGCAGGUAAAGAUAGUUAAAGUAUAAUUAUAAGCAGAUAGUAUGGCACCACUAAAGCUCGCUGAUAGUAGAACCUUUCCAAAUAUAUAUGUUGAUGACACCCAAGAUCUGUCUGGUGAUUAUUUUUAAGUCUUCUGAUGAUACAAGUCAUCUUGAACUGCGACUAUGAGUAGUCUGAAACAAUAAGGCCAGCAUUCUAGAGGUUUCCUGAAGCAUUUGAGUGAAGAUUGAAGAACACGGGAUAUUAACUUCUCGAACAAUCAGAAGCUUUUUAAUCAAACAGGUUGGAGCAUCCAUUUGUCGUGCUUUCAUUUAUGUACUUUUUGUUCAUUUGCUUUCUGCCAUAUAGUUGGUUCUUGGUGGUGAUACUAUUAAUGACCCUUACCUCCAAACUUGCGAAAUUUCAUUGCCAAUCACUGGCCACUUUCUAUUCUUAUGUUGUUCUUUCCAGAUCUCUAAAGUCAUAUAUCUAGCAAGAUAUGGAUGGUACAUUUGCUGCGUAUCGUUUUUAAAACAAAUAAAUAAAUAAGCUUACGCUUUUUUUUCUUAACCUGCAUAUGUCGACGGUCAUGAUUUAAUGCCAGUAACAAUGUCAAGCUUGAUGGUCAAUCUCACUGCACCUGUUGUUAACUUCCAUACUAUACCACUAUUAAAUCGAAAAGAUCUUUCCUGGAGAGUGAAGCAAACAUAUGAUAGCUGGUUCCUUUUUCCUUCUUUUGGUGCACCAAAAGAAGGUUUACCCAUCAUCUUAAGUUGCACGUACACUUCUAAAAAAAACUUUUCUACUUUCUUCAUAGACAACAAUGUACCUCAAUUGAAUAUAUAGGGAACAUCUCUAGUUGAAAAGAACAACUUGGUUUUGUAGGCAUAAUGGAUCAAUACUCUAUCAUCAUCUUCCAAGGCUGGACAUGGAUUUGAUAUGACAUGAACGAACCUAGUCUGCUUGCUUCAGACCUAUAAUUGAGGAAUGUUCAAGGAUGGAUCAUGCAUUGACUUGGUGGGGCCAAAAGAAACCAUUGUAUGUCCCUUCCCUGGAAAUAUCUAAUCAAUAAAUGAAGGGACUUAUUUUUGCUUUUAUAGUUGCAACUAGACAAUUAGAACUAAGAUUCUAAGGGAAAUCGUGAUAAAUAUAUUCAUUCUCCUGGGAAGUUUUGUUGUGGCACUAUCAGGACUGAGUGUACUUAAAAAAUUACUUAUUAUUUGAAACAUUUGCAUUGUGGUUUAGGAUAUGGAGCGGUUACAUGAUAUUAUAGGCCAAGAAUUAUCAUUGAGGAUUCUAUAGCUGAACUUACUUUCUUGCACACAAAUACCCUGUUUAAUUGUUACGUAAGGAAGAUCUCAAUCCACAUUUGGUUUCUGACUUCAUGUGAU